UAUCAAUAUAUUUUGAAGCCUCUAGAACCUUUAAACACUUAUUGGACAAUAACUGGUUUGUUGUCGGCUAAAAGGAUUCUCCUCCUUGUAGUGCUAACAGUAUGUAAUUUUGGUGAAAACUGUGAGGGCCUCAAGCCUCUCCCCACACGGCCAGCAACCCUUGCCUCCCGCAUCCCAGCACUUACAUGUAAUUGCAGUCACACAGUUGAGGCCCUGUAAGGGAAUAUGUUAG